GCCUUGAAAAAAAUGAAAAAUAUUUAUGCAUGCUAUACCUGCACUUCAUAUGACUGGAGUGAAUUAAAAGUAUGUUAGUAUGCAGUGAAAUCAAUAUUCACAUAAAAUGCUUACUCCGUUAUGUUAAAAUUUUUUUGCUUGAUUGUCGCUGUAACUACAAUUGAUUGACCGAUUUAUUAGAUAUGGUUUACGACAGGUACUCAAGUCAUAGCUAACAUUAAUAAAAUGCCACGUAAACAUUAUUGAGUAAACUUGUACAGUUUGGUAGCAAUUGGCAUAGUCAGAGAACGAAUACGAUCAUGUUUGGUAAGAGAAUAAAAGAGUCUAUUCUUCAUCCAGGCACACUUGGAGUGCUGGUAUUCGUUCUCAUCGCGCUUGAGCCAUGCGCCGCAAUUUUAAUGAGAUACGAUAUUCUAUUGCCAGAAGAAAGAGUCGAGAGAAAGUAUCACACCGUGGAGAAUUACUACAAAUUUGAGAGGACAAAAGUAAUUGAACAAGAUCAUUUCAACGACCAGUAUGUAAAUCUGAAGAUUUCUGUGACAGAAGAAACACCACGACAUGUCAACAAUGGCAGAAUAACAUUUUUCCAAUGCGUCAACCAAACCCCGAGGAAUGCUAAAAUAUCUAUGAAUGUUAUUCAAGGAGGACUAGGAACACCGGAAUUGGUGGUAAGGGUGAUUUAUACACCUGUACAAUUUUCGGUAAGAAGUAUGUUAAACAUAACUUGUCAUAUACGGACAGAGAAUAUGUAUGAUGGUACAGUUGGAGAAAAGCUCUUGCUGAAUUUGUCUGGUGUUCAAAAAACAAACACACUGCCUGCAGCAGUUGUACUUGGAAAGAAAAUGAAGGUAGCAAAAGAAUGGAAUUCAUGUUCAUGUCCGACAAAACCCACAUCUGUUGAUGAUCUCCGCUCUGUGACUGAAGCUUCAACUCGGUACACAGUAAAACCGAAUGAAACAAGUUGGAAUAGAGAGAAACUUGUGACGAGUUCUUCCAUUGACGCUACUAGUCUCAGAGCACAGAAGAUAAAAAGCAAUGAUAAGUCAUCGUUGGGUGAAUUAAAUGUCGAUAUGCAAGGAACAAAUCAGACCAACUUCGGUUCUACAAAAGCAAGUCUGAGCAUAAGUAGUACAAAUAACAAUAAUAGGAAAUCAACUUCACUUCCAAGUACAAUUAAUUUGAACUCUGUGACUAUUGAGAAACCUGGGAAAUCAAUUAUACAAAAUGAAGUACACAUAUCGAAUCAGAAGAUGAGGACUGCUAAUACUACUGGAAAACUAUCUACAAAUAUAAGAAAGCCCGUUGAUUCAAGUAUAAUAAGCUCUCACGUCAAAGCUACAAGUCCGCAUGUACACAAAAAAACAUCACGUACCGAAGUGACAAAUUCACUAAAAACAAAUAUGUAUGGAAAGACAACCUCAAGUACUAAGAAACUCAAAAUGCAUACUACAGGAAUGGUAGUAAAAACGAUUACCAAAGAUCCCAAAAGUGGUAACUUAAAUGACGAUAUCAUUUCAAGUAGGGAAACAGGCCAGAGACCUGGAAAACUAGGGUCAAAGCUGAAGUAUAAUAAUAAAACUCCUGGGAGUGGAAUAGAACUGAAAACAAAUGCGACAAAAAUUUAUAACAAAGUUACGAGCCGAAGACCAGAUGAGAAAUCGAUACAUAACGAAGUAACAACUCCAGAUCAAGAUCUGACCACUGUGCCAUAUGAAGGAAUAGUUACAGCGAUAGACGAAACUACGCAUUCUGGUGAAACCUGUGUGAUCAAUGGAAUGGGAGAGAGAAUAAAAGCAAGUACCAACACCGUCACUCAACCAUUAACAAGCACAAGAACUGUUGAAAUGAGUUUGGAGAAAAGUCACACCAGUCCAACAAUAGAAGAGGUAACUCAACGCGCAGAAAUUAAUGGUUCAAAACUGAAGUAUAAAAUUCUAAAAGGCGUGACAUCUCCAUGGUACAAUUUAGCAAUAAAGGCUGUGCCAAAAGACCUGAAAAGAAAGAUAAGCUUGGCAAAGAUAACUUAUUAAAUGCAAGUAUGGGAUGAUUUAUGCGAGCGAGAAGUUUAUUCUUGUAUAAUUUAUUUAUAAGCGAGUGGUAAUAAAUCAUAGUAACAAGA